UUCUUAAGCCCGGUCGGGCAAAGGGUCCAGUGCACGAGUGGAGCAGGGCCAGUUGUGUCCACGUAUCCCGACCAUCGCCCAUCAUGCAGGUCGCAUCAUACUCGCCUGCUUUUCCGGUCGGGGCCACAAAUAAGCAAUAUGCCAAGCAAGGGGAUUUCGGUCUACAGCUACAUUUCGCCCGCGGUAGAAGGCUACGAGGUGGGAUUUUCCAUCCCCGGAGAGGAUGUCCUGCACACGUCCGCCCACAACUUCUCCUCUCGUCGCCUGGAACUUGACUCCGCCAACAUUCCCGGUGCGGACCACUUUACCGGUCGGUUCGAGUGGAAGGUCGUUCGUUACGGCGAAGUCGUCGCUAGUGCCUACAAUGACAUCAGUACCUUGACGGGCAAGGUCACUGGCGGGGAGAUGGUUUCCACCCAGGAUUUCCACCCCAUCGUGCUGGACGAUGCCAUCAUCACGUACGGCUUCUACAAUGCGGGAUGCGGGGAGGUUGGUCUGACGAAGCGGGAUCAGUGCUAUGUGACCAUCUGUUCGACGAGCAACCGCGCCUGGAUGGGCGGUCUAGCCCCCGUCGGAUCCCUGGAGGCGCAGAAACCGUUCUCACGAUUCGCGCUCGCUGCUCCUCAUGACAACGGGAUGAACAGCAUGGCCAGUUGCGAGGCAGUGUUCCAGCAUCUGAACGGGGACAUGCUCUCCGCCGUCCGCGAACUCGUGCCGAUACUCGCCCACAUCAAGCACAUCCCCGACCAUUUCCUCAUGGAGAAGCUUCCUCACAUCGUCUACGGGCUGGCCAUCACCCAGAAGAAAGAGAUCGCCGUGAUGCUGGACAUGGGCGCCCGAUACUUCGAAUUUCGCCCGGCGAAGUUGCUGCCCAUCUUCCAGAAGAUCUCCUCGCUGCCGGACACGUACUACUUCCAACAUGCGUGCAUCCCCGGACUGGCAUUCGAUGCCUUCCUCCGCGCGCAGGUGGCCUUUCUAGACGAGAACCCCACCGAGAUUGUGACCAUCCAUAUUCGCUGGGACAACAUCGUGGCCGACUGCGAGAGGCCCACCGAAGCGGAAAUCGGGAACCUACUCACUGAGGCGUGUGCCACGGCGACCCGUAAUCCCCUGACUUGGGGCGCCCGCGAGUGUUUCAACCAGCCGAUCGAUGAGCUCCGCAGUAGCGGCAAGCGACUGAUCUGUGUGAUCGAGGCGGACAAGUACGACAGCUGGACGGCGGAGGCGUACGCGACGCUGAGUGCAGAUUCGAUUCUCGCUCGGUUCGAAGGGAUGACCACUGAGGGCCAGGAGAGUAGUGACUUAACGGUGCUGCAGUGCCAGGCCACCUCGCAGUCCAUCAAGGAGGUGAUGGUCUAUAGUGUUGUGGAGGCAGGCGCGGUGUCGUCGUGUUUGACCUCCACUAAAGCCGCGUUGGACACCCGGACUCUUCCGUGGAUUCGGGAGAACGCAUUGGAACGGUUGCAGGCGGAGAAGACGAUUGUGAUUAUGAACGAUUUCAUCGACGGGGCUACGACGGACACGUCGAUUUUGCUGUCGAAGCAGCGGUUGGCUUUGUAGAGAUACCAGGUACGGUAG